AUGCAAGACAGGGAAAGAGACACAGAUUUUGUUCUAUUGGGGCUCUCACAGAAUCCAACGAUGCAGAAAAUGAUAUUUGUUGUGCUUUUGAUUGUCUAUAUUGUCUCUACUGUGGGAAAUGUGCUCACUAUGGUCACCAUCAAAGCCAGUUCAUUAUUGGAGUCCCCCGGCUACUAUUUCCUGGCUCAUCUCUCAUUCAUUGAUGCCUGCUAUUCCUGUGUAAAUAACCCUAAAGUGAUUGUAGAUUCACUCUAUGUAAAGAAAAUAAGCCCUUUCAAUGAAUGCAUGAUGCCGAUCUUUGGGGAACAUUUAUUUUCAGGUGCUAACAUCAUUCUGCUUACUGCAAUGGCAUAUGACCACUAUGUGGCCAUCUGUAAGCCUUUGCAUUAUACUACUCUCAUGAACUGGCAGGUUUGUGACCUUUUAAUAGGAGUGUCAUGGGUGGGAGGCUUUCUUCAUGCAACCAUACAGAUUCUCUUCAUCAUCAAAUUACCCUUCUGUGGCCCUACAGUCAUAGAUCACUUUAUGUGUGAUCUGAACCCUUCGCUUGAUCUUGCCUGCACUGAUACCCACACUCUAGUACUCUUUGUUGCUGCCAACAGUGGGUUCAUCUCUCUGCUAAACUUUCUCCUCUUGAUUGGUUGCUAUGCAGUCAUUCUGCACCCCUUAAAAACCCAGAGUUUGGAAGCUCAGCAAAAAGCUCUCUCUGCCUGUGUCUCCCACAUCACAGCAGUUGUAUUUUUCUUUUUACCCUGCAUAUUUGAAUACCUGAGACCAGCAACUAGUUUACCUAUUGAUAAAGCAAUUGCCGUAUUCUACACUAUGAUAAAGACCAUGUUAACUCCCUUAAUCUAUACUUUGAGAAAUGACCAAAUGAAAAAUGCCAUUAGGAAAUUGUGUAGUAGGAAAGCGACUUCAGGUGAUCAAUAA